GAUGGAUCCUAGUCUCGAACCCGCCUCUCACGGACACCCUAAAAGGGAACCCGUCCGUGAGAGUCUGGACGAGAACGAGCGCCCUAGGGGGACCUUUGCGUCUCGCGACUCGCGGCGGGCGCUUCACUCACUCGCGCGUCGCGUCUCUCGCCUUUGAGGCUCGCGCGAGCGUACAAUCUCGACCUUGGCUACAUAUCUUCCACUAGACUGCAAUAAAUCAUGCCGUUAUCCUAUCUUACUCGAUCUGUGCGAAAUACCGGCUAUCUGACACUCGUUGACGACUCGGAUGAGCCCGAAGCAUUGAGCUCUAUUGCACCGAGUUCGUCACCACCAGUGGAGGCGAUUGAGGUCGAUGACCUGCCGCCGGAGCCUUUCGGUACACUGCCGGACUUCCCAGAGGAUGACGAAGGAGACCUGAGCUAUGUACCAAGCCAUGGUCUUCCUGCGCGGCGCCGCAGUGACGAGGAGAAGGCGUUCGCAGUACUGAAAUUCAUGCGGGAGAACCUCUCCCGCUUUUCACUUCGUACAUUCCUCAUGACGCUGUUCUCCUCGAACUCCGGAGGUAUCAAGAACUAUGUGAAUACAUGGAAGGGCAAUGGUGGAAUCCCGGAGCUGCUGGAAGUGCUCUGGUCGAUGUCUGGACUGCGGGACGAGGACGUAUGCAGCUGGGUCGCAGAGAGAGCAGCGAAGAUAUGUGCACGGGAGGCAGGCUGGCUCACAGACAGAGCUGCGGAAGGACCGCAUACUGUGUAUGCUGAACGACUUCGCUCGCCAGCGACAACCGUGUCUGUCGCACAGCUGAAGUCCUUCCGAAUCGAGGACCUCACGGCAGCGUAUUCCAAGACUAUGCCUCGGACUCGGAUGAUCAUGAAGGCAAUCAUCAACAAGGAGAACACAGCGAGGGAUAGCGAAAGCCGGAAUCCAGACGAUGGGUGCACAUUGGCGACAUCGAUACUGUUGAAUCUGCGUAGCCAGAAGUCCAACGUACAUCAGGUCAUCAAUAGCAUGAUCCUAUGGGAUAACCGUGCACCGAAGCGCCUCGUCCAGAUGCUGAAUCGCUUCGGUGUCUCUGUGUCUUAUGAUCACCUAUGUACCUCUAUCCUGGUGCUCUCGGCGAACGCACUUCGCAUCGCACGCAAGAUCGCCAACGACCCCCGAAAUAUGAUCAUGCUGCCAUACGACAAUUUCAACUGGGUCUCCGGUGUGUGGGAGACAUCAGUUCUCCACGGUGCUGUACAGCAUGACCAGGUAUCCGCGAUGGUCAUCAGCCUCACCCUUCCUGAAAGUGGGACCGCACAUCGCCUCGCAAGUGUUGAGCGUUUCGAAGCAUGCCGUGGGACUCGUCACCGGCUGCCUGCACAGACAGCCUUGCAGGACAUUGUGCCGAGUGAAGCAGACCAUACUGCCUUCCGUGACGCAGCUAUCAGCCAUGUCAUGAUGAUUCUGGUGGACGAGGUUGCGGGAUUUGCGGGUUUCCGUGCAAGUGUUCCAGGGCUUGUUGACCCCGAUGCGAUUCCCGUACGCAAGACCGAUCGCCAUUACCUACCGACGUUCGACCAAGAGCAAGGGUCGACACGCGGCAACAUGGCCGUGUUGAAACACUAUUUCAUCGAUGUACUGCAGAUCCCUAAAGCAGUCUUCGAAGAUACAAUGUUCUUCGUUCUUGGGGACCGGCUCACAACUGCACGCGAUCGGGCAGCGCAGGACCAAAGAGGAGUCGAUCGCUCCGAUUUCAGGGCGGACCACCUCUCAAGCCUCGCUAUGACGAGUGGGCUUAUGCAUGUAUGCUUCAACUUCAUCCAGGCAUGUGCCAAAAACCUUUGGGGCGGAGCAAACAGGGACACAACGAGCCUUCAGACACUCCGUGAUUUGCUCCGAAACCGGAGCGAGAUCAAUAUCCAGAAAUUCGACUUCUAUGCAUGGCUGCGUUUCUUGGAUUGUGUCCUACGAGCACUCGUGAUUUCCGCUGCAGUCUCAACCCUCGCGCUCAAGGACACGACAGAGCUCUCCUCGCAGAGACCAACAGCAGCCGAAUUCCGGACCAUGUGCGAGACGAUCGUCGAUACAUAUGUCAUGUCUUCACCAGAUCGUCUUGAGGCCGACGGAAUCAAGUCGGUCAAGGGAAACACGACCUCGGGCCAUGCUGCACUCACAAUGUUUGAUCUCAUGACACUACGAGAGAUGCGUCAUGCUAUCAAGCACGGACAUCCGACUCGGAUCCUACGGAUCCUCAAAUUCUGGACACCCAUGUUCUAUGCAGGGCGAAGCUACAAUUAUGCCCACGAAUGCAUGGAAUUACUGCACAACCUGAUACAUGACUGGCCAGAGGAUACCGCCAAAGUCCUCUUAGCCAGCAUGCUCGUCAAUACAACUGGUGAGCCUGAUGGCUUUCUCGAGGCAGAUCUGGACGUCGAACACCUCAAUUUACGCAUCAAGAACCGCGCGCAUGGCACGAAUGCCACACCCGAGAUGCUCUGCAAAGUCACACCAUCACUUGGUCACGUAAGGGACUUGACAGAUCGUGUGUACAAGGAGACAGGUGUGCGCGACGUGAAUGAACACCAUGCCAAGGUGCAGCAACAUACCGACAUCCGGCUCCUUGCGAAUCACCUUGUCACGUCGCACGCACUGUCAUUCGCUCUCGACCAGGUGUCUGAGCAUGCCAUCACCGAUCUCUUUCGAACUGGCCUUCAUCAACUGGCCGGCCCACAUGGCGGCCAUGCGAAGCACCUUCUCCGACACCGUCUUCGACUCCGUUCUCGUCAUGCAGAUGAAUCACAUGGGGACACGCACCCGGAGAACUCUGUCGAAGACAUCACAGAGGCGGAAAAUGAACUGGCAAAUGCCGAAGAUACAUUGGACGGAGCCGAAGUCAUGUUGCACACUCACAGCGACAAUGGUCCGAUUAACGGCUUCGAACACGCGCAGGAGAACGAACUCGUGGAUCUGAUAAGAGCAGGAGAGAAUGGAUUGAGGUCAGGUAGUCCAUACAAUGAUUAUGAAGCGUAG